GGACUCUGACGUAUAAUAGCUGAGUUUCCGUGAUCACAUGACGCGGUCGCCGGUUUUCCUGGAGUGACUCGGUGGAUGCUCACACUUUUGGGGUCGUUCAUCGCUCUGUUUACUGCUCUCUCGCUGCGAUGGCCCGCAGAGUCCCACUGUUUGUUGCCUUUCUGUCCGCGCUGUUGACCAUAGCCGCCGCUGGACGCUUCUUCAGCCCGGAAGAGUCCUGCUACGUCCGCACACCAAGGAGGCACAACUUCGGGCAGCAGACCGUUCCUCGACCUCAUGAGUAUAUAAAUGUAUCUGAUUUGCCCAAAUCGUGGGACUGGAGGAAUAUUAAUGGCGUUAACUACGUCAGCACGACCCGCAACCAGCACAUACCUCAGUACUGCGGCUCGUGCUGGGCCCACGGCAGCACCAGCGCUAUGGCAGACCGCAUUGUUUUUUCGCGCAAAGCAGCGUGGCCGUCCGCCUACCUGUCGGUCCAGCAUGUGAUCGACUGCGGUGAGGCCGGCUCCUGCCACGGCGGGGAUCACUCCGGGGUUUGGGAGUACGCCAACAAACACGGUAUCCCAGAUGAGACCUGCAACAACUACCAGGCCAAAGACCAGAGUUGCAAACCCUUCAAUCAAUGUGGCACCUGCACCACCUUUGGAGUGUGUAAUGUGGUGAAGAACUUCACCCUGUGGAAAGUAGGAGAUUAUGGAGAUGUGAGCGGGAGAGAGAAGAUGAUGGCAGAGAUCUACGCCCGAGGACCGAUCAGCUGUGGGAUCAUGGCCACUGAGAAGCUGGAUGCGUACAGCGGGGGUCUCUACUCUGAAUACCAAGAGAGCCCCUUUAUCAACCACAUCGUGUCUGUGGCAGGUUGGGGCGUGGAGAACGGUGUGGAAUACUGGGUGGUGCGCAACUCCUGGGGAGAGCCGUGGGGUGAGAGCGGCUGGCUGCGAAUCGUGACCAGUGCCUACAAGGGAGGUAGUGGCAGCACUUACAACCUGGCAGUGGAGGAAGACUGUAUGUAUGGAGACCCCAUAGUUUCUAAAGCCCAUUACUAGAUGAGGCUGCAUUAGAAAUACCAAAGCUGAAAAAGGGAUUUUUUUUUUUAAAACUUGUAAUCAGAUUACCUUUGUAUUAUGUGAAUCAAUGCUUUUUGCACAGGCUUUUAAUUUGUUUUUAUAAAUCAGAUUUCUGUCUCAUGGACAGAUUCAACCACUGUUUCAGUGUUAAUGAACUCAGAUGAAUACACUCUACACAGGCGUUAGGUAAAACACAAGUGCGUUUCCUGUCCUGCAGGCUGUGAUUUCCAGUCAUGUGAUAAAUUACACUUGAGAUCGUUUGAGAUCCAAGUGUAAUACAUUUGUUCACAGACCUUAAAGAUAAAUGUGCCUUUGAUUUUUUGUAUUUUGUAAGCUGCCUUAAUUUUCAUUGAUGCCAAUAAACAUUGAAAAUGAUG